CUUGAAAAAAAACCUUCACAGUAGCCUACUAGUACCGCUUGCUGAAGUGGCUGCUACCUCUUGAUGAUUGUUGUUGUUAUUGCUACCUAAGCUUAUUAUCUGGCAGAUGCGAUCUUCCAUGGAUAGCCUAAGGUGUGCAUACUCGCCGACCUCUGCAGUAGUAGCACGCUAAAGAUAUAACAACAAAUAUCUUCGAAAUGUUUGUCUAAGCGGAUUUUAUUUAAGUACCAAUGGAACCAGAUACAGAAAGCAUGGUGAACUGUGGUGAGGUGGACCCCCCUGCAAACUCUUUCUCUGCUGCUAAAGUGAUGGAAGCCAGGGGAGACACCAGCACAGACUCAACCCCCUCCCUCUGCCCCUCAGCUACAUCUGUCCCAGAGUGUGCCAUCUGCCUCCAAAGCUGCAUUCACCCUGUACGCCUCCCCUGCACCCACAUCUUCUGUUUCCUGUGUGUGAAGGGCGCCUCCUGGCACAGCAAGCGCUGCGCCCUCUGCAGACAGGAAGUGCCCGAGGACUUCCUGGAGCGUCCCACCCUGCUGUCGCCAGAGGAGCUGAAGGCAGUGGCUGGAGGGGGGAGAGGUGACCACGGUGGCGUGGGGGAGGCCGGCCACGCCUGGUACUACGAGGGGAGGAACGGCUGGUGGCAGUACGACGAGCGCACCAGCCGUGACCUGGAGGAAUCCUUCGCCAAGGGCAGAAAGAGCGUGGAGAUGCUGAUUGCCGGCUUCCUGUACGUGGUUGACCUGGAGAACAUGGUGCAGUAUCGGCGCAAUGAGCACGGACGCCGGCGACGCAUGAAGCGGGACGUGGUGAACAUUCCCAAGAAGGGCGUUGCCGGGCUCAGACUGGAGCCUGACCCCCUCCCGGCCGUGACAUCGGGGGGGGCUGCAGGGCGUACAGAGCGGGGGAGUUUGGUCGACAGAGCCGAUGUGACGGCGCGGUCACAGGUGCGGAGGACCUGCACUCUGGUUCCCCCUACAUAUGUCCGACCCCCAACGGUUCUGGGGGGCAAUCAGGUCUUUGCUGCCUGCCCCUUGAGCCCCUCCCUGGAAGACUCACUAUCCCAGCUCCUCAUCAGCCAACCAGAAGGUGGCGAGGAGGAGGAAGUGGAGACUGCCUCUCAAGCCAGCCACGUGCACGAAUCGGUAUCUUGUAGCAGCGAGGAUGAGGAGGUGGUGGGCCGGGGAAGGCAGAGGGGGAGAGUGGAGUUUGGGGGGCAGGAACAAAGACACGGAGAGCCACAGUCGCAGUUGAGGGAGAGCCAGCCCGACAGCCCCCCUCCUGAUGGUAGCUUAUCCAGCGUUAGUGCUCGCUCACGCAGCCCUGAUGGUCAGUGUACGGUGACUGAGGUCUGACUGAAACUAAACAACAGACAAUCCACCACACUAGAUCAUGUUCAGUCACUGUACUACAGUCAGCCUAGCGAAAAAGCCUCAAUGGAGAAAUAAGACAGUUAAGGGGAUGUUGGACCCACCAUCAGUAACCUUACUGCCUGCAGAGUAAUGUGUAGCACCUGCAGUUCACCAACCUCAAAAACCACUACCACAAACAGGUCUUUCAUUUAGCAUGGCUAUGUCUUAGUCUUAUUUGUUAUGAAUAAUGUGUAGUGAAGCUUUUUCAUUUUAGUUUGACUGAUGACAAAAAGCACCUCUGCAUCUUCAGUAGUCAUGCAGUUUUUGCUGUAAGUGUGUACUUUGAGGUGUCAAAAGUCUGCUUGAUAAUGUGGCAGUGUUAGUGAGAGAUGCAGAAACUGAACUGGUAGAAAUUCCGAUCAGUUCUGUUUGCAGUAUAUUGCAGGAGGAUGCUACUGAAUUCAGAAAGUGACUUGAGUUGUUUGCAUUUUGAAUGUUCAUAAGUCAUUGGAAUUAUUUGAAUGGGUAUGUCUUAUUGUGAUGACUAUCUUAAAGUCUUUAAAGCCAUUAAACUCCUUUUGUUUGUGUUUUA